AUGAAUGGCCGCAUUAUUUUACAUGAUCACUUGGUUAAACCUAUCUUUGUUAUUGUUCGCGGUUUCUUAAUCUCUCUAAUAAUUUUCGACUGCUAUUCACUUCAAAAACGCCCAUGGGAACUUUGUACAAAACACGUAAAAUUAACUAUUUUAUGCCAUCAGGUUGUACAGGUUGAUCAGACCACUCAAUUG